AUCUGAACUAAGAAAAACUUAAGGUUCCUAGUCCUCGUUGAAUAAAACUCCUUCGGCUGGCAAUAAGCUUCCUACGAAGAGUAAACUACGUACAAAGAUAAGAUCGAAGCUGCGGAAGAAGCUGUUCAAGUUAAACACAAACUCUAACCUAACUAUUCUCGACCUACACUAUAAAUAGCCGCCCUGCCUGCGUUUUCUUUUCACGUCCAAGCUAAGCCGAUCAAUAUAUACAUAUAUACGUAUAUAUAUCUAUAUGUGCAGAAAUUUCUACCCUUCGUUAUAACCCAAAACCGAAGCCAAAACUCACAUAAAACAUUCUCCUUCGUGAGACGAAUCCAACGGAGAAAGAAUCGUUGAAAACGGUCGUGAAACGAGAGAGAUAUCGCUCGCCGGAGUUGCAAGUUGUGGAAGCGGGUCUUUAUAAAAAGCAGAUAUUUUGCCGUAGAUAGGGGUGGAGGAGCUUCGUCUCGCCGCAAGGAUCAUUUUGCAACUUGAAUCGUCGAAAUCCGUUAUCUGUAAGUCAAGUUAUAGCUCGCCGGAGUUUUCUAGUUUCCGGCGAAGUCACCGGAAUCGACCUGGAGAAGAUGACCCAGUUGUCUGGGUCAGAACUCUUGGGCCGGGUCGGUUUAAUGGGCCAGUUCGGCCCAGUUUUAAUAACAAUUUAAAAUAAAAUAGUAAAUCAAAUAUAUAAAAUCUGGAAAAAUAUAAAUUAAAUACCUAGUAUAAAUAUACAUAUUCGGACCAACCAGAAUUGAAAAAUAAUAUUUUUAACUAUUUUUAAUUGAUUUAAUUGUAAUUGGGCCAAUUUAUACACAUUUAGUAAAUAAUUAACUAAAUAACGAAAAUAAUUAUGAAAUAAAUAUUGGAGUAAACUAUGAUAAAUAUAUGACUAAAUAGAACCUUAUGGACCAUUUAUAAUUAAUAAAAAUAAAGAUUUAGUAUAUUUAAUUGUAAUUGAACCGGUUAUUAGAUAUAUGAAAUUAAAGGAAUAAUUAUGGAAAAUAAUUAUAAAAUAGAUAUCUGGACAACCUAGGUCAAAUAUAGACCCCAAAUAUAGUUAUAGACGGUUAUUAAUUUAUAAAGUCGACUCUUAGUCUAUUUAUUUAAAUUAGGCCAUAUAAAACUAGUUAAGUAAUUAAAUAAGGAAAUAUUUAUAUUAAUGGUGAAAUAAAUGAAUCACUGAGAUUGAAAAAUAAUAUUCUGGACUAAAAAUAAUUUUGGAAAAAAAUAAGGAAAAUAAAAUAAGGUUGGGUUAGCUAGCAUAAAUAAUUGACUAUAUGUAGACUUAAUAAAUAACUUAGUUAUGUAAUUAGUGGACUAUUUCAAUUAAUAAUUUUUAUAAUUUAUUAUUAGAUAUUCGGACUUCAUAUAAAUAUUUAAAAUAUUUGAAUUCAUAAAUUAAUGGGUUAAUAUAAAUAAAGCAAUUAGAUAAUAAUUUAUGAGUAGAGUAAAUUAGUGGUGGCUAUUGAAUAAAAAAAAAAAUAGGAUGUUGUAGUUAAUUAUAUUCGGAUAUUGUAUUUAAUAUUAGAAUUCAAAUAUUGUAAUUAAUGGCUGAAUUAAUAAGGUAAUUUGAUUAAUAAAAAGUGAUUAAUUAAAUAAAUUCGAAUAACUAAUAAAUUAAGUUAAUAAAUUGGAAUAAUAAAAUAAAAGGAGAAAAUCGGGUAAAAUAAUUACAAAGAGAAUAAGUGACUAAUUAUAUCAUCUUAAUUAAAAAGGUGAAUAUUUAGAGACCGGAACUGAAGAAGAGAAUUAGGAGCAUCGGGAUUUAAGGUAAGUUUCACGUCAACCGAAAUUAGUUCUUUUUCUUCGUGAUUUCUUUUAAAUAUUUUUGUGUGCUUAUUUGUGAAUUGAAGUUAUGUGUGCUGAAUUUGAAUAUUAUUAUAUAAAAGGAUUGCAUUUGAGAUAUUAGUUUGUUGAUAUGAGUUAUUUUGGAAGAUUUUUUAAUAGUACGUAAUUUGUUAUCUUUGUGGGAGUUUAAUGAAAAAGGAAAUUUUUGAAGUAUAAACUUCGAUUGAUUUUGAGAAAACAAAGAGAAAUAAAUAUUUUCAUAAAGGGUGAGCAUCACGAGAGAAAUCCGUGAUGUUGGUUUUCCACGUCCCUUAAAAUGUGGAGGAUGGUUAGGUCUACUACUACUCAAUUUUUGGUUUGUGUUGGUUUGAGGUGAAUUGUCGGUCGGUAGAAAACAUCCCGGCUUUUAAGUAGUAGUGGUAGUAGUAGCUCCUAAUCAUUCAGGUUUUUGAGGUGGGGUAGUUGGUAGAAAACAUCCCGACUACCCGGAUCGACUUACUAACCCGGAGGGCUUGGAAUACCUUUAGGGGGUGUGCACACUUAUAGUAGUUGUUUCCGUUUCCAAGGAGCAGUUGUGGUACCGGCAAUAGUUCCGGGGUGGCCGUACAUAACAACGGACCACCGGGCUCAACCAAAGUGUUGAGCACCGCCCUUCUAAAUUACUAGGAAGUUAGAUACAAAGUGAUUUUGGGAGAAAUUCAAAAGAGGAGAAUUUUGGUGGUUCAUGUAUUUUGGAAUUAUUAUGGUUUACGAGUUAAUUAUGUGAUUGGGAUUUUAUAUAGAUAUCGUUAACUUAUGAUUUAUGGUUUAUAAAGUGUUUUGAAAAAUAUGUUAUGAGGUUGUACGAAUUUAUAUAUAUUAUUUAUUAUUAUUUUAAAAGGUUAGGUGGAACUUACUUAGCAUUAUUGCUAAUGGUUGUUUUCUUUUAUUUUUCUUGUGCUCGUAUUUAACAGGAGGUGAUCAUGUUGAUUUUGAUGCUGCAAUGUUUGAGAGCGCGAAUUAGAAGACAACUAUGUAGUUCACUAGAAAUAAACUUUAAUAUUUACUUAUGAUUCGAACAUCUUGCUUUUGUUAAACUCGUGUUUUGGUAGAUAGCCUUAGCAUCCAAUCAUUCACGGAUUGGAUGUGGCGGUGACAUGCCCCUUUUACUUAGUUUUUAUUAAUUUCCGCUGCAACUUUUGAAGUUUUAAUCAUUAAAUAAAAGUUCAUCUCUAUUUCAAAGUAUUAUUUUGGGUGGAAAAUUUGGGGGUGUCACAUCCUUACAUAGACCACUACAUGUCAUUGGUACAAGUCCUACCUUGUGUUUGGUCCACCCCUUCAAGAAGAUUUAUGACUACAAAGAAGAGUAAUAAUACACGCGAGAAUAAAAAACAAAAUAUCUUUCCUUACAGAUACGUGUCAUCUAGCAAAUUCAAUUAUUAUUUCAAGUGCAGUACUGAUAUACAUUGAAAAUGUCAUGUUCUAGUUCAAUUAUUAACUCAAGUGCAAUACCAAUACAACUGUAUUAGGGGUAUUGAUCUAUAGAGAAACAUACAUAAGCUUAGAGUUUCCUUUGAAAUAUGUCGUGUGAAGCAUACAUUUACCUUGAAUUGUGACAUACUAUGUAUAGCUCCAUGAUACAAAAUCAAAUUUCCCAUAACUUCACAAAAGAAUCAAUGAUCAAUGAUCACACAUCUACUCAAGACCUAUGCAGACAAAUGAGUAUACAUAUAGUUUCUACUUUCUAGAGCUUUGAACACACUGUGUGGAAUUCAAUAAAGCUUGAGACUCUUAAGAAUAAAGAAAUUGAUUAUUUUGAUUUUGGGCCUAAUGGACUAUUUCUUUAUUUUAGGCCUGUUAGCCCUUUUGUAUAAAUAGUUUCCUUCACCUUCUGUAAACAUUAAGAUUCAUAAUUCUCCUUCUUUCUCUUCGUUCAUGGCUUCCGCACUCUCUUUGUAAUUCAUAUGAGAUUUCACAUGGUAUCAGAUUAAGGUCUUGAUCGAUCCUUACUGAUUCGUUCUUCUUUUCUGAUAGAUUCUUCGUAAUCGAUUUCAUCUUCUUUCAAUCGAUUUCUAUAAUCGAUUUUCUUUCAAUCGAUUCCUAUAAUCGUUUGAAAACGCUAAAUGCAAUGGCUCUACCGCUAAAUCCUACCGAAGACUCUUCAUCACCAUAUUAUCUUCAUCCGAAUGAUCACGCUUGCCUUCGAGUCAUCUACGAGACACUUACUGGAGAAAACUUUUCCGCUUGGAAGAAAUCUGUCUCUAUGGCUAUGGCGGUGAAGAACAGGAUGGGAUUUCUUGAUGGUUCAAUUGAACAGCCUAAUCCGGAUAACUCAAUGUACUCUUGUCGGUAUCGUAUCAAUGCUCUUCUCUUAUCUUGGCUGAUUUACUCAAUUUCGCCUACUCUUCGUACUACUUUUCUCUCUUUGACCAAUGCUAAGGAACUUUGGGAUGAGGUUCAACUUAGAUAUGGUAAAAGUGACGGUCC